AUGGCCCAUUCUCCACCGUUGAUCAACCCCCGCUCCGGCUACUCUCCGGCCACCAAAACCUUUCACAGCCUUCGUCCCACCGUCCCCCUCCCACCCGUUUCCCUUCCCCUCUCCUUCACAUCCUACCUCGUUUCCCUCCUCCCUGAUCGUUUCCCUUCCCAUCCCGCCUUCAUAAACGCUUCUACCGGCCUUUCCCUCUCGUAUCCCGAUCUCGUUUCCCAGAUCCACUCUCUUGCUUCCUCUCUACACUCCCAUCUCGGCAUCUCCAAAGGCCACGUGGCAUUCAUCCUCUCCACAUCUUGCCUCGAGAUCCCCAUCCUCUACCUCUCUCUCCUCUCUCUCGGCGCUAUUGUCACUCCGGCCAACCCCGCCACCACGCCAUCGGAGCUCUCCCGCCUGAUCGACCUCGCCGGCCCCACCCACUUCUUCGCCACGUCAUCAUCCUCCUCCAUGCUCCCCCACCACGUCACCCCCGUCCUCAUCGACUCCCCCCUCUUCCGAUCCUUCCUCGAAUCCGGCUCCGGGUCCCAAUUAUCCGAUCCGAUCGAGAUCCGGCAAUCAGAUCCGGCGGCGAUACUCUUCUCAUCGGGAACCACCGGGAGAUUAAAAGCCGCAGCGAUUCCGCAUCGUGAAUUCAUCGCCAAUACGGCGGAGUUCCAUGCCCUCCGUUCAUCGGAGACGGAGACGAUGCUCCUAACGGCGCCUAUGUUUCACUCGAUGGGGUUCUUGAUGGCGUUGAAAGGGGUGGCGCUUGUGGAGACGACGGUGUUGAUGGGGAGUGCGCCGGUGGAGAAGAUGUUAGAGAUAGCGGCGAAGUAUAAGGUGACCAGGAUAUCAGCGGCGCCGACCAUCGUUGUAGCCCUAACGCAGUCGGAGGAUACGGUGAAGUUCGACCUAUCGGCGCUCCGGCAGGUUUGCUGCGGCGGAGCGCCGCUCGUCUGUGACGCCGCAGAGAGAUUUCAGGCGCUCUUCCCUUCCGUCGAGAUAGCUCAGGGUUAUGGUGCCACAGAAGCUGGACUAGUAUCUAGGAUGAUUGGGCCGGAGGAAUGCAAACAUUGGAGAUCAGUUGGUCGUCUAAAUGCGAACAUGGAGGCUAAGAUAGUGGACCAUGUUACUGGUCACCCCUUGUCACUCGGCCAACAUGGCGAGUUAUGGGUUCGAGGACCAACAAUCAUGUUAGGUUACAUUGGUGAUCCUGAGGCGAAUGCCGUCACUUUUGACUCAGAAGGGUGGUUAAAAACCGGUGAUCUAUGUUACUUUGAUGAAGAUGGCUUCCUCUAUAUUGUUGAUAGACUGAAAGAGAUGAUUAAAUACAAGGCUUAUCAGGUUGCACCGGCAGAACUGGAACAAGUUCUUCAUUCUUUACCAGAUGUUGUUGAGGCUGCAGUUGUUCCAUGUCCUGAUGAAAUUGCUGGACAAAUACCAAUGGCAUUUGUGGUAAGAAAACCUGGAAGCAAGCUCAGUGGAGAAGAUGUUAUCAAAUUUACUGCACAAUUGGUGGCACCAUAUAAGAAGAUAAGAAGAGUGGCAUUUAUAAAUUCCAUACCAAAAACACCGUCAGGGAAAAUUAUGAGAAGAGAUCUUGCCAAUCGUUUUUUCUCCAGUUCUACAUCAAAGUUAUGA